GUGAGAUAUCCUGCCUCAUAUAUGACUCCUGUGCGUGCUGAAAUUCUGUCAUCUAACGGAGACUAAAAGAGGAAAUGAGUCUUUCCGUAGCUGCUUCUUCUUCUUCUUCUUUUGCGACUUUGAAAGAGUAAGACACCUUACAUAAAAAGGUGAGAUGAGGGACCGACUGGGAGAGCUACUCUCCUCAAAGCCAGGUGAGGUCUGGCCUGAGGAGAACCAGGACAACGCCAUAAAAGAUGAAGGGGAGCACCUGGAGCAACAAGCCACUGUUUUUGAAGGCGAGGAUGUGAUGGACAUUACCUUCAAAGAGGCCCAGGCCCUAAGGAAGGAGAUGCUACUCCUCAGGAUGGACGUGAAGCGUCUGGGGAAGCAGAGCACCAGGUUCCUCACAUCCGUCAGGAGGUUCAGCAGCAUCAAACGGGACUCCAACGCACUUGGACGGGACAUCAAGGCCAGGGGGGAGGCCAUUUACAAUCGGCUUCAGAAGCUAGGGAAGCUGAGCAAAGACCUGGAGGAGGAACAUGGGCCAACAGCUGCUGUCGCUCGAAUGGUGCGUUCACAGCACGUCUCUCUAACCACCGCCUUCCACAGCGCCAUGUCAGAGUACAACGAGGCCGAGAUGGUCCAGAGGGAGAACUGCAAGAACCGCAUCCAGAGGCAGGCGGAGAUCAUGGGGAAGGAGAUGAGCAGGGAGCAGAUUGACGAGAUGAUUGAGACGGGGAAGUGGAACGUCUUCUCCGACAAUCUGCUCCUGGAGGGAAGGACUGCUAAAUCUGCUCUGAACGAGAUCGAGAGCCGGCACAAGGAGCUGCUGGAGCUGGAGAGCCGCAUCAGGGACAUUCAUGAGCUCUUCUCCCAGAUGGCCCUGCUGGUGGAGGAACAGGGCUGCAUGCUGGACAACAUAGAGGCAAACGUCUGCUCCACUCAGGACUAUGUCGCCAAGGCCUCAUUACAGAUCAAGAAGGCUGUGAAAUACAAGAAAAGCAAUCCAUGCAAGAAACUCUUCUGCUGUUGCUUCCCCUGCUGCAGAUGAGACAGCAUCUGUUCAAGUGUUUCUCAAUGUCAUCAAAAUAUCAAGAUUAGAUCCGAAUCAGUUUCCUUUGCACAUAUGCCUGUAAUAUUUCUGCUUUCAUUUUGACUGGACCUGUCUAUGUGGGACUUUGAGAACAAUUUAAGAAUGAGUUUAAGAAGAAAAAAGUCAGACUUUUAGAGAUAUUGUGGCUUUUGUGGUGAGUUUUAAAUGCUGAAUUAAGAAAGGUAUUUUAUAUAUUGACUGUGCAUUAUUUUUCAGCAAUAUGACUCUGCAAAGAUACUCAGAGGGCUCCUUUCCUAAAAAAAACAAUAAUAAAACAAAAAGAAGAAGGUCAGUAUUACAGAUAAUAUGGCCUUUAUGUUAAUUUAUUGAUCUAGACUGAAAAUAUAUGGAUUGUGCAACAAGUCUGCAGUAAUAUGGCUAUGCUAUUGUACUCAGUAGGCUACUUUAUGAAUCAAAAACCACUGUCAAAGUAUAUUUAACAUUUCUUUAUAUUGCAAACCAGUGUUAGGUGUGGAGAAUCAUUUUCUUAGAUAGAAUUAUCUGCAACUCAUGCUGCCAUGUCAUUUUAAGACUAAAUGACAAUUUCACAAUCAAAACAACUUUUGUGUAACUUUUUCCGUAUAAAGUUCCACCUGAGCUGAAAUGGUAGAAAAUACAGAGAUACAGGUGUAUCUGUUGUUUAGUAUCGACCAACAUUAACUGAUAGUACCUGAAAAAACUGUAGGGAAAAAUUGUGGCUAUUGAAUUUUUUUUAACCAGCCACUUUAUUUGAACAAGCAUCAUAAUGUAAUAAGGUAUAAUAUGAUAUUCAAAGUAUUAAAGUUAUAGGCUUUUUGAUAAGGAGAAAUGUUUCAGCUGCAUUAAUUCCCCCAACACUGCUCCAAAACACCCGCAUGUGGCUGGUGGUGGGUGCUAAUUUCCCAACCUGAUCCAAAGUAAUCAAAGCUUUGUUGCAUAAAUGGUGUUUCCACUUCAUUUGAGCCUUCAGUGAGAGGCAUGUUAAAAUGCCGUGUUUAUUGCAGCGCUGCCUCUUGUGUCAAAAGGUGCUUUUAGACAGCAGGAACUAGGAACUUUUAAGGAAUUCUUUGCUUUCCAACUGUACAUACUGGGGUCUGAAUUUAGUUCUGGGGUAAAAUAUCUACCCCUUAUGGCCAGCCACGUGUUUGAUAUUUACAAUUCCAGGUCGUAGAUCCUUUGACGAAGUACCCACAGUAGCCAAUGAGAGCGAGCAGACAGGGUAGCAUCACCAGAUUUGAAAUUGUCCUCAUGUCUGUGGUCUUCCACGGGUUUAAAUUUGUUUCAGAUUUAGAAAUCAUCUAGUGUAAGGAUGACGGGGGGUUUAGAUCUGGUCAGCGACUCUGCCAAGGACUCUCGGAUGAUCACACUGAUCAUUUGUAUUCUUCUGGUCAGCAAAGGUCUACCUUUCUCUCUGAGCCCCUGUCAGUUUUAGAACUGAAGGAAUCCUCUCAGAGGGGAGACAAAACGCCUUCAAGGGUCUUAACCAAGUCCAGUUGGUGCAUUUGCUUUGGCUGGCCAUAACCUGGAUGACCAAGUGCAUCUAAUAAGAUUGAAUCACAGAGACUGUGUUGGUCCCUUGACCCAGACCGCUCAUAAAAAUACAUCCAUCCAUUUUCUACACUGCUUAUCCUGUUGUGUGUUGUGGGGGGCUAGAGCCUAUCCCAGCUGGCAUUGGGUGAGAAGCGUGGUACACCCUGAACUGGCUGCCAGUCAAUCGCAGGGCUGACAUAGAGACACUCUCACACCUACAGCCAAUUUAGUCACAAAUUAACCUAACAAGCAACAAGUACUCGGACAGAACCCAUGAAUGCACAGAGAGAACAUUCAAACUCCACACAGGAAGGCCCUGACCAGGAAGCAAACCAGGAGCCUUCUUGCUGCGAGGCCACAGCGCUAUAAAUAUAAAAGGUGUAUGUCACAAAAAUUAAAACUGCAAAUACAUUUUCCCAAAAAGUUGGCAAUAACAUUUGGGCGGUUAAAUAUUAGCUCAUUUGUGUCUAAAUCUUCAAUAGUUAAUUACUUGACAUCACAUAACCAUGAAUAUGUCUUUCUGAACUCUGGCUGUGUCAGGAUCUGUCUGUGUAAUCUUCUCAGGGAUUUAAGCAGAAAAAGAAUGGGCCACAGGAACUGUUACCUACCUUGUCCCUGGAACUAAAGGAUACUUGUACUUUUAGUUGAAAAGCAUCUUAACUGUCCCUUAAGAGGCUAACACUGCAAUGAAUAACUUCUGUUAUUGGCUGUUAAACUACAAUCAGCAAAAAAAUCUUUGUAUAUAUGGCAAAGUUUUAUGAUGAGGAAAUAACUUUAUCAUACACUUUCAACCUUCAGCCAGUGGGAAACACCAACAUGAAUCGUGUUGUAAAAUUGUCAAUGAAAUGUGAGGCUAUCUAACUGUCCCUUUUCUUGGAAAACAAAGUAAUCAUACAUUUUUAGGGAUGUAAUUUAUCAACAAGAACUUGAGUGACAUCAAACACUCCGUAAAACCUUCUGCUUCUCCUCAUCCCUUUGAAUUUUCCCAACUUUUAAAGCAGAUAUUAUUUCAGCUUAUUUUAUAAGGACUUAAACGGAGCUAGAUGUAAGGUUUAAGUUAGCUUAAUGCCUACUCAAAAAUAUCUCAUCUGCUGCAACACCUUAAAUGUAGUGGUGCAUGGACUUAAUUCAAAUGGUUAAUUCAAAUACAAGUUCAUGUAUUUGAAUUAAGCAUAACUGGUUCAUAUUGUUGCACGUCUUGAUUUUAAACCACACGUCCGUGUGCAAAUACAAAAGAGAGCUGUGAAUGCUGCACUUUAUUUUGCAGGACUAUUGAAUAUGAUAUCGAAAUUUUAGUCAGAACAAAUCAUGGAGAAUCAUCAGACAGGCUUUAAUUAUUGAAAUGAUUUACCUAACAUUUGUUGUCACUUUUUAGCAGCUGUAGUCUUAAAUGUUCACUCUUAUGUUAGUCUGUUCUUUGAGCUGGUCUUCAUUGGAAUCACUUGUCCAUAUGCAAAUGUUAAAGUGAGAUAUGGGUGUUAUACUUCCUGAUUGUGCCUGAUAACUGCGAAGACAUUGAAGCUCAAAAUAUACUGUGGCUGUCAGCUUUGUCCAGCAUCAUACUUUGUGAUGUUUUAUAAUACAUUUGAAGUAAAUAAAGCUUUGCAGCUGUCGCUUGACACGUCUUAAGGCAUCAUCUCUGAGUGUGGAGGAGAGAGAGACAUAUGAGUGAAUUGUGAAACUUUCAGUCGGCCACCCAUGUUUGAAGUUAUCUCCAGAUGUAAGCCAGGGCUUCAUGUUUCUCAAGACUUGUUGCUUCAUGCUGAAAACAACUCACUUGUAUUGUUUCAGCUGCACAGAUAUGAAACGGCACUAUCUUUCAUGUUUGCUCCUACAUUUGCAUCCAGAGCAGGUUUUCCUCUAACAAAGAGAACAAGAUUAAAUAUGUACAUGGAGCACAGAGACAACAAGAAUGAAUAGGAAACCAAUCAAUGUCGGAGGACUUUCUGUUUGCACAGCAGGCCUGUUUCUUUGUCUGCUAAGAAUAAUGGUAGUGAAAUUAAAGAGGCCUUUAUUUUCCUGUGUGUGACAGUCCAUCACCUACUGGGGGAUUCCCUGUGACUACCUGUGAAAACUGCAGGCUGAGAGGCUUUAACAGUCAUCACCAGUGGGUGUUUGCUGGAUUACUGCCUCUGCUCUGUGUUGAAAUUAGUGUCAGGGCUGUAAUGAUUGCACUUCCUCUGCAUGGUGUGGUUUUUGGUCUGCAUUUUACUGGCAGAAUGACUUAGCACUGUGGCGUCAUACUAGUAACUUCACUCAGGUAGGAGCAUGUUAGAGUUAAUAACGCUCAGGCUGAUAAGAGCACCUAUAAAAGCCCCUGCCAAGCCCCUGUCUGCAGGCCAAGUUUAAAGGAGCUCAUUGUUUUCUUGGGGUACUUCUGAGUCCCUUUGUUAUCACCGAUUGAAUUUCACAGAAUGGUGUUAACAUAUCAAAGUGAGCUUUGACACCUUAGCCCCUGUGUAGCCACACACCACCAGGAUGGCCGAGUGGUUAAGGCGUUGGACUUAAGAUCCAAUGGACACAUGUCCUCGUGGGUUCGAACCCCACUCCUGGUAAUGAGUGGAAGUUUUAAGCUGUAAAUGGGAGGAUGACUCAUCAUCCUUGGUGCACUUCAGCUCACUUCAUAUGCUCUCCAUAUAUAGAAAUAUCCUGCUGCAUUUGCUCCAACAGAUAAACAAUGCAACUGUGUUUGGUCAAAAUUCUGAGCUUAACAAAUCUUCCAAUGUGCUUUUGGGGGAAAAAAACACAGCAACUGUGAAUUAUUCUUUUCAGCCUGUUAGAAAAACACAGCAGCAAGAAACAAUGACAAAAUUUGGGCAUUUGGUUUCCGACUCAUUGAUAUUCAGUUUAAAAAAAUCAGCAUGAACAAAAAUGAAUGAAAACCCUGUCACAGUUUUACAUAAAGUCUAGUCCAAUUACAAACAUUUAAAAGGCCCAGCUGGUGUUUAAAAACAAAUCCCUUAAGGGGGUCAGAUGGCCGAGUGCAGUGAGCAUCAACUGGCACCCUAGAGGCCACAUCAGGCCCCCUUCAUCUUCCCACCCGGCCCAGAGGACAUUGUUAAAUUCAGAACACGUGCAGAGGAGAAAAUGUGUUGAUAUGUUGACUCCCUGCAGCUAUUUAUAAAAAAAUAAACUGAAAUAAAAACAACUGAGGUUGAAAAAACUUGUCCAGGUUUAAUGUUUAAUCCAUUUUACAGAAAUCUACCUGUCAGUCACAGUUAGCAAAUGUGAUACAUCAUAGUUACAUACUUACCAGUUCAUUUUUGAUUAAAACUGUGGCUUCCAUAAGACUUCAAGCCUUUUCCUGCCUGAGAAAUAUUUAACUAAAUUAUCUCCAUCACCCCCUUGUGGCUGGCUCAAAUAAAGGGACUGAUUCCACCUUUAGAGACUUUAAAAGCGGUUCUGUAAAUGUAAAAUACUGUAUUUGAAAGAAAAUUAAAGUAUUUUUAAAAAAUAGCCCUGAAUUAGACCAAAUGUUUUAUUUAUUUUAGUUCAUUUGAACGUGCGCCCAUCAAGGAAAAA